GUGACGGGGCUGAGAGGCGGAGGUUAUAAAUAAGGCCGCAGCGCCGCCCCCAACAGCGCAGAGGGACAGAAUGGCGUCGACCAGCCGUGGAGAUGCUCUUCCCAAGGUGCAAUGCCCCAAUCACCCCGAAGCCAUUCUGGUGGAGGACUACAGGGCAGGCGAUAUGAUCUGUCCGGAAUGUGGCCUGGUGGUAGGUGACCGUGUUAUUGACGUUGGCUCAGAGUGGAGGACAUUCUCGAAUGAAAAAGCCACCAAAGACCCUUCACGUGUUGGUGAUGCUCAGAAUCCUCUUCUGAAUGGAGGAGAUCUCACUACAAUGAUCAGCAAGGGAACAGGAGCUGCAAGCUUCGAUGAGUUCGGCAACUCCAAGUACCAGAACCGUAGAACCAUGAGCAGCUCUGACAGAGCCAUGCUGAAUGCCUUCAAAGAGAUCAGCACCAUGGCUGACCGGAUCAACUUGCCCAGGAACAUCGUAGAUCGCACAAAUAACUUAUUUAAGCAAGUUUAUGAGCAGAAGAGCCUUAAGGGCAGGAGUAACGAUGCCAUUGCCUCAGCCUGCCUGUACAUCGCCUGCAGACAGGAGGGAGUCCCCAGAACAUUUAAAGAGAUCUGUGCCGUUUCCCGGAUUUCGAAAAAGGAGAUUGGCCGAUGCUUUAAGCUCAUCCUGAAGGCUCUGGAGACGAGCGUGGAUCUGAUCACCACAGGAGACUUCAUGUCCCGCUUCUGCUCCAACCUGGGCCUGCCUAAACAGGUUCAGAUGGCUGCCACCUUCAUCGCUCGGAAGGCGGUGGAGCUGGAUCUGGUCCCGGGCCGCAGCCCCAUCUCUGUGGCGGCAGCCGCCAUUUACAUGGCCUCUCAGGCAUCGGCCGAGAAAAAGACACAGAAAGAAAUCGGAGAUAUCGCUGGUGUGGCUGAUGUGACCAUCCGUCAGUCAUACAGACUGAUCUACCCUCGAGCCGCCGACCUCUUCCCUCCAGACUUCAAAUUCGACACACCGGUGGACAAACUGCCUCAGCUGUGAAACACACACACACACACACACAGACACACACACACAUACACACACACCUACUGCUCUUUCUACUAGGAGGAUGUUCUUUUUUUCUUAUUGGGUUGAAAAGGUUUGCUCUUCCCCUGAGGUGACGUUAAGCCUUUUGGAAAGGCACUGAGCAGGGAUUUAACAAAGUACAGCAGACACAUUCCAAGGUUUAACGCAGAUUGCAGACUGUACUUAACCGGAUUUCAUGAGUGUAUAUAUUUUGUAUAUAUGUCCAAGUGAGGAUUUAAUUGGUGGUUGCAACUAAGCAGAUUUCUUACUGUAAACAUUUUCUUUUGUAGGAAAUGAGUGAGUUAUUUUGUUAGCGUGUUUGCAUUAUAUUUAGUAAUUUAAACAAUAAAUGCUUUUCAAAAAAGCAUGUUGAAUAUCUCGUGAAUUUGAAAAAAAAAAAAGUUAACAAAAAAAAAUGUGGCAAAGCGUUUGAAUCAGUUGAUUAUGUAUCUGUAU